UACAUUCGAUUAAUCGAUGUGUCAAUCUUCCGUCAUGACAAAUCGAGACAGUGGUUUUCGGUCUCAAAAGAUGUCAUAAAGUUAAAAGUUGUGCAAAAGGAUUUAAAAAUGAACGAAGUGAAAACACACGUGGUGGACAACACGAAUUGUUCCAAACAGUUAAAGUUCGGCGUGGAACGUAUAUUAUCGGAAGAAUUCAGCACGAAGAGAACAGAUGUACUCCGGCCACUUCCGGUCCAGUUCUCCACCCUGCGCUGCCCUUGUCCCGGAGGAUGCGUCAGGUGCGAAGCCCUCAGACUCUGCCCCACCUUUCCCUAUGCUCAAAUUAAUGGAAGUUAUGGCAAUCAUGCUAUCGUCGAAAAUUAUCCGAGCAUCUAUCGACCUGCUCCCCUUCGACCUGUUCCUCGAGUUCCGAUAUCCUCCACAUCGACACCCACCAGUCAAUCAGAGUCCAGUACCAGAAGAAAGAGGUCCUGGUCGAGGGCUGUGUUCAGCUCCUUGCAGAGGAAGGGGUUGGAGAGAAGAUUCUCCUUGCAGAAGUACAUCACGAAGCCUGAUAGAAGGCAGCUAGCUGCUACUCUUGGUCUUACAGACGCUCAGGUGAAAGUUUGGUUCCAAAAUCGGCGAAUGAAGUGGCGACACACGAAAGAAAGCGAGAGUCAAACUUCCGAUUCGCAAAAGGAGACUAAAAAGAUAAAGGAGAAGAACGCGGAAAAGACUGUUUCAGACGAUGAAGACGUCGAGAUCGAAGUUGACGUUUGA